AGUUCCGUGUUGGGAGGAUAUUUAAGAGCCCGUCCUCCUCCCUCCUUCCUCCGCACACGCUGCUGGAUCUGAAGCCACCUAUCUCGUCAGCAUGUCGGACCGAGGAUCGUUCGACACCAACGUGGUGACUCUGACCCGGUUCGUUUUGGAGGAGGGCAGGAGAGCCAAGGGGACCGGGGAGCUGACGACCCUGAUCAACUCCCUGUGCACGGCCGUCAAGGCUAUCUCCACCGCCGUGCGCAAGGCGGGCAUCGCCCAUCUUUAUGGCAUCGCUGGCAGCACCAAUGUGACGGGUGACCAGGUGAAGAAGCUGGACAUCCUGUCCAAUGACUUGGUCAUCAACAUGAUCAAGUCGUCCUUCACCUCCUGUAUCUUGGUAUCUGAAGAAGAUGAAGAUGCCAUCAUUAUAGAGCCGGACACAAGGGGUAAAUACAUUGUGUGCUUCGAUCCUCUGGACGGGUCAUCCAACAUCGACUGCCUCGUUUCCAUCGGCUCCAUCUUCGCCAUCUACAAAAAGACCUCAGAGGGUGAGCCUACUGAGAAAGAUGCCCUGCAGCCUGGUAGAGACCUGGUAGCAGCUGGUUAUUCUCUUUAUGGCAGCGCCACCAUGAUGGUUCUCUCCACUGGCCAGGGAGUCAACUGCUUCAUGCUCGACCCGGCGAUUGGCGAGUUCAUCCUGGUGGAUCGAGACGUGAGGAUCAAGAAGCGAGGAAAUAUCUACAGUGUGAAUGAGGGCUAUUCCAUGUACUUUGACCCAGCGGUCACAGAGUACCUGCAGAAGAAGAAGUUCCCUCAGGAUGGCAGCGCCCCCUACAAUGCCCGGUACGUCGGUUCCAUGGUGUCAGAUGUCCACAGAACCCUAGUAUAUGGAGGUAUCUUCUUAUAUCCAGCCAACACUAAAAGCCCCAAAGGAAAGCUGCGUCUGCUGUACGAAAGCAACCCCAUGGCCUUCAUCAUGGAGCAGGCUGGAGGCAUGGCCACCACGGGCUCCCAGAACAUCCUGGACAUCCAGCCCGUCAGCAUCCACCAGAGGGUUCCCGUGGUGAUGGGCUCGCCAGACGACGUCCAGGAGUUCCUCGCCAUUUACAAGAAGCACGCCAAUAAGAAAUGAGACCACGCUGACCUGUGUAGUCUAUAACGCACAUUCCAUGAUGUAAAAUCACAAGUUUACACCGUCCGUUACAAUGAGGAAAAACUACUGUGACCCAUAAGCUAAACCACACACACACACACACACACACACACACACACAUUGUCUUUAAGACCAAAGAUAUGUCAAACAAUGACCAAAGAUGACCACUUGAUUCCACCAAGACAGUUUGCUAUGCCCACACGUCUAGCCAUUCCAGAUGUGUGGAGACCAGAACGCAACCUCUCUAUGCAACGACACCUUUGUGCCUUCAAUAUGUGAACAGAUGUUGUUUGGGAAGAUCCCGAAUAAACCCAAACGAACC